AUGACCCUUGCCCAGCCGCAGUCUCGACCGACAACAACAGACAUAUCCCUGAAGUCGCUCCUUUCUCUUCCUUUUCGAUUGUGCAAUCCCCCACCGCCAGCUGGGAAAGCGCGGUCUUGUAGUGUUACACCAGCGCUUCGGGUCCAGCUGGACGAUAUACUGGAGAGAAGGCAUCUUCCACCGCUGGGACUGAAAGAUUUUGAGGAAUGGCUGCUCUACUGCGAGGAUUCUGUCGAGAACCUUUACUUCAUCCUCUGGCUCAAAGAAUACACACUACGCUACAAGCAAUGGGUUGCCCGUAGUGACUCGGACUCCUACUACGACCCCUUCCCGCGCAACUCGCUUGCCCACUUCUUCGCCCGCGCCAAACAGACCUUCUUCACUCCAAACGCAGUAUAUGAGCUCAAUGUGCCGUCAGCAACACUCGCACCAUUUCACGCCGUUGACGGAUCACCUCACCCCGACCCUGCUGUCUUCACUCCCAUCGCGAUCGAGAUCAGGAAAAUGCUGCAAGACAGCCUCGAGCGGUUUGUCCUCGCCCAGCUCUCAAAUGUUGGAAACAGUCGCGCCUUCUGUGGAAUGACAGCUGGGGUCGUUUUCUUCAGCAUCGGCGCGGUCAUUCCGAUCGUUUACAACCUGGCUGGUGGUCAUUCAAGAUGGCUCAGACUGACGUCUUUUCCCGGCAUGUGGAUGGGGCUGACAACCCUGCUGGCCAGUCUCCACGGUGUCUGCAUUGGAGUUUAUAUUUUUGGUGACCUCCGUCAGCUGAGGAAGUUUGAGCUUUCCCGGCCGCCCAUAUCCAAGCCCUUACCUGCGCUCCCAUCACCCCCACCGCCGCCGCCACGAAUCACCCACCCCUUACCUGCCCACGUAGAACCCUCAAAUUCAUCACAAGCCAGCUUCGAGUCGCAUAGCGUGUGCUCCGAUGAGUCAGACGACAUUUAUGUCUCGCCAGCGUACUACGACGAAGACGACGUUGACGGGCCAGCAACCAACCCCGUGGCUGCCGAUGCAAUCGUUCUCCCACCCCCACCUCCAAUUGAGAUAAAAGAGCCAGAGGACGGGUUCGUGCCGACUGCGGGGUUUAUCCAUCCGUAUCCUUACGAAGAGGAGCUUGAAAAGCUACCAGAAGAAAGACAGGUGCUUUCGCCAUUCGAUUUUGAUGCGCUGCCCCGCCAUCCUCGUCACGUGCCCAAGCCAACACUCUCCCUCCAAGGUUUCAUUGGGCGCAUGCAAACAAAAUGUGCGCCACAAUGGGUCCCGCCUACGACAGCCGAAGUGCCCUCAGAACCAAAAUAUGCUACCGAAUCGAGACACCGGCCAGACAUAACCACGGUGAAGAAACACCUACGUUACGUGCGCGCUGUCCCCGCUUUCGCUGUCCCGCUCACCCCGAUUCUGAGCGAGGUGGUGGUCCGCGGGCAGUGGGAGAUUGUCGUCCGCUCUGCAAUUCUAGCGCUCCUGCUCUCUUGGGUUCUUCUCGGUGGUUUACUCGCUAUACCGCCUCGGCCAUAG